UCAAAGGAGGCGCGGUCCCCCGAGUGCAUGGCGGGGCUCUGGCUGGUCCCCAGCCCCAGCAUGCGGCUUCCGGGGGGCCGACUUUGGCGGCUCCUGCCUCACGGGCUCGGCUGGGCCCCGGCGGAGGGGGCCGCCAGAGUCUGGCUGAGGCAGCUCGGCGCGCGGCGAGAGGAGGCGUGGCAGACCUCGGAGCUGGCUCGCAGCGGCCGGGGAAGCCGGCCCUUGAGCACGGGGAUGCCUCCCCCUCCAGGGUCGUCCGGCCCCGAGCCGAAGGGCCGCAGAGACCCCAUGCGCCCCUCCAAGCCCGGGCCGGUUUCCUGGAAGUCUUUGGCAUUCACAUUUGCAAUUGGUGGAGCUUUAUUGGCUGGAAUGAAGUACUUCAAGAAAGAAAAGACAGAGAAGCUGGAGAAGGAACGGCAGCGAAGCCUGGGGAAGCCUUUGCUGGGGGGCCCAUUUUCCCUCACAACACAUACUGGAGAGCCCAAAACUGACAAAGACUACGUGGGUCAGUGGGUAUUGAUUUAUUUUGGUUUCACUCAUUGCCCUGAUGUCUGUCCAGAAGAACUAGAAAAAAUGAUUCAAGUCGUGGAUGAGAUAGAUAAUAUUCCAACUCUGCCGAAUUUAACUCCACUUUUCAUCACUAUUGACCCAGAAAGGGACACAAAAGAAGCCAUCGCAAAUUAUGUGAAAGAAUUUUCUCCCAAACUGGUUGGCCUGACUGGCAGCAAAGAAGAGAUUGAUCAAGUGGCCCGCGCAUACAGGGUGUAUUACAGCCCUGGCCCCAAGGACGAGGAUGAGGACUACAUAGUGGAUCAUACAAUAAUCAUGUACUUGAUUGGACCAGAUGGUCAAUUCCUAGAUUAUUUUGGCCAGAACAAGAAGAAUGCAGAAAUUGCAGGUUCCAUUGCCGCGCACAUGAGGGAACACAGGAGGAAGAGCUAGCCAGAGCCACAGUGCUGGCCGAGUGUUCUCUUGCAGAAGGGGAAAAAAGCUUUGUCUCCCAUAGGAGCCAAGAUACACAUACACACACACACACACACACACACACACACACACACGCACGCAUAUGCAACCUACAGAAUUGCCUUCGCACCACAAGAGCAUCUUGUCUAUUAUCUGAGAGCUGUCCGACCCAAACCGUGGACAGGGCAUGUUACCCUUGGGUUCUGCCAAGAUAGUUCUUAGAACUGUAAAGAUUGCAACCGAACAGUCACUUGAGCCCAGAGGACCAAGUUAGCGUGAGGCCAGUGGAGGGGACCUCGGGAAGCAGGAAAGGCGCAGCAGGUGCAUUUCCCCACGUCAGCAGGGCCCUCAGAUCAGCGUUGCUGCCCCUCUGGUGCCCUGGACCCUUGUCCACGGUGUGGGCCUGAAUUUCCAGGAAGAGUGAAAUUUCCAUAGUGCCCUUGAUUCUCCUCUUCGAGUUCUUGGUGGCUGCUGACAGUCAAAUCAGGCUCUUGGACGUCGUGGUUAAUCUGUAGACCUGAAAGCGCACGUGUCUAUAGUCCUGCAGGUUAGCAGAUCUCACGGUCAGGUUUGCAUUGUGUUCCCCUGGAAGUACCUGCUGCAUUUACUAUGAAGAGGAAAUCUAUUGCUAGGUCAGUUUCUCUAGGAAUCUUUUAUGUGAUUUUUAUUUAAAUGUGCGGGGUGUUCAGUGACCUACCAAAUGGAGGAAGGCCAUCUUGAUCGUGGCUGUAAUACAGGGUACUUGUCUGCCCAGACUGGGUUGCAGUGGGUGUGAAAUAAAGGUGUGUUGAGUUUUGCAAGCAUGA